AUGGGUGAAGAAUACGGCCCGCUGGUGCGCCUCUGGGGCAUCCAGCCGUCGCAGCUGCCCUCUGCGUCCGCAGGACCUGAGGAGCUCACGCCUUUUCUCACAGCCAUCCUGCGUGAGGCCCUCCCAUUCAUCGCCUCCCUGCCUUCAACAUCGACAACCUCCCAGUCUCCUGCCAGUACCAACUCUCCGUGGAAGCCGCACGGCGUCAAGACGUACCCCGGGUCCACGUCGCCGGUGCACCUCUUCGAGCGCGUCGUCCCCGCGGCAGAGCUCGCCGCCGUGGCGCGGGCGCACAACCCACCCGGCGUGUCACCGGACAAGAUCCGCGGGCCGGAGACGUGGGUCGUGCGGCGGAGCGUGCACGACGACGCGGCGGCGCGCGGCACGGCGAGCUGGGCCGAGUGGAGGCGGUGCUUCAAGGAGGGCCACGCCGAGGCGGAGCGCGACUUCACGCCCACGGUGCUGAGCACGCGGGUGCGGCGCGCGUGGGACUGCGCGGGCGUGCGGGUGCGCCUGGGCGAGGACACGUGGGCGGACUGGACGCUCAAGGUCGAGGAGUCGACGCACAAGCUGCCGGCGCCGCUGCGGAACCGGCUGUUCCCCGUGGUGCAGGCGACGGCGGCGGUGGAGGGCAGGAGGGAGUUUCUGGUGGUGCAGAUGGCGACCACGGCGGACGAUGGGGCCGCGGGGGCGGGUGAGGGUGCCGGUGGACAGUCAGGGACGGUGCUUGGCGCGUAUACGAGCGUGGAGCGGGUGCGGGAGGUGCCCGGGACGGGAGCCGGGACGGGAGACGGCGGCGACGUCGCGGCGAUAGAAUGGGUCAUGGGCACGGUGUCGGACGCGAGGGGCGUGCUGCCGGCGUGGAUGCAGAAGAUGGCCGUGCCGGGGCAGGUGGCCAAGGACGUGGACAUGUUUCUGUCGUGGAUUGCGAACGAGAGGACCAAGGACAAGAAGGACCAGGCCGAAGGCGACGGUGGGCGGCAAGACAACGCCGCGUGA